AUGGCCGAAGUCAAACUUGCCAAAUUGAAAAUUAAACGCGGUACUCUAAUAGCUCAGCAGCAGCGUGUAAAGGAGUUUAUCGACUCCAAAUUAUCAAAAGCAUCUGUUCAAGAACUCGAAACUAGAGCCCAUGCUCUGGAGAAAUACUACCAUGAUUUUGAAAGCAUACAAUCCAGCAUUGAAGAACUUGAACCGGAGGAAGGGGACACCAUUCGAUGCUCAUUCGAAGAGCUUUACUUUGUUCUUCGUCCCACUCUGAUGGUUGCUAUAAGGCAGUGUAAGGAGGAAGCAGGAAAAGGUUCAACAGCAACCACCAAAUGUGAAACGAUCGUCAGUAAGAAAUUAAGACUGCCAGAAAUCCCCUUGCCAACGUUCUCCGGUGACUACACCCAGUGGUUGUCGUACUACGACACGUUCUCUGCCUUGGUUCAUCGCAAUAGUGCUCUAGAUAACGUCAAGCGAUUCCACUAUCUCCGAUCUUCGCUUAAGGAUGGUGCUCUCCGGCGUAUACAGUUCAUCGAAGUGACCUCUGACAACUACGAAAUCGCACUCAAAUCACUUGUCGGACGAUAUCAAAAGCGUAACGUCAUUGUUCGGGGGCAUAUAAGACAGCUUUUUAAUGUGCCUUCAAAUGCCAACAAGUCUUCUUCAUCGGCAUUACGGGAGCUAAUCGAUUCAGUAAAUACUCACCUGAGAGCAUUAUCGUCCUUAGGAAGACCAGUGGCACAUUGGCAUGAUUUAGUCAUCGAAAUAGUUUUGCCAAAAUUAGACAACUCCACACUUGAAAAGUGGAAUGACGAAGCUCCCACUGAUAGGCUUCCAACACUAGAAGAGGUUUUUAAAUUCCUGGGAAAAAGGUGUACUCAUUUAGAAGAAAGAGCGGCAGCAGCGCGUUCCACUACACAGCAAUGCGUCAAUAGUAAUAAAAGCCUAAAACAUUUUCGCUCUUCGCAGCAGCGUUUCGCCUUUGGUGUUUGCGAAAAUGUAAAACCUCAGCGUAACUGUACGUACCGCAGUGGCACAAAUCAUGUUAAAGAUUUGAUGCUAUCCAUCAGAGAAAUCUUUGUAAUAAUUGCCUAA